AUUUUUCCCGCUUUCAACUCCCCCAAAACGCACCUCCCACCGCCCGCCCGCACUCCUUCGCUGCACCCGCAUCGCAUUAUUUAGCUCCCUCGAUAGCUCUGACUACUUCUUUAUUUUUUGCAUUUUUCUCCGCCCAGUCACCGCGCUGCGCUGCGCUCUUCUGCACCUCGGCCCUCCAGGUCCAUUUGUUGCUUGCUGUUGAUUUUUUGCCGGUCACAUGCCUACCUUUGCGCGACCCUCGUCGACGACGACAUCAACAACCGCCUACUAGGAAAAUUUAGACAAUUGCACGACGCUACCGAUCCUUAUUCUCCGAACCGACACCCAAUUCCCCGUCUGUCUGGUGUCAAUGCUUCCCGUUGCGGCUCGUCGGUCACGGCUACUUGCAUCUUGCGCCUAAAUCGCUAGGCGACCAACAUUCGCGCGUCUCGGCAACUCGUCCGCCGCCCUCGGCCCCAACUACACCUCCGCUAGCAACAUCAAUGCUCCUGUAGCUUGCUGCGGUCUCUCUAUUGCGUAUUUGACAGCCGUUGAACGCGUCACACGAGCUUCCUUUAGCCCACCCCGCCUUCUGUUGGGAACGGUGCACGAGCUGACCCUCGUCCUACUCCAACCCGGACGCCAGACCAAGUACUUUGCUACCACGCUCUUCCUCUGCUUCACCUUGGGAUCUGCUGCCGCACGCCUGCGACAUAUCGGGCGAUCACCGUUCCGUCGUUUCUCACCGUAACCACCACCUCCGCACUCGUCCGUGUAAGCCACUGCGGGGCUUUUCCCGAGACUGCUUCUCAACGGGUGCACGGCGUCUUGCUUCUACCCAGUCUCGCAACGUUGUCUGCUACACUUGUGCGACGCUGCUUGCCCAGUCCCAUUUCAACCGACAUCUACUGACCACGGCCAACCCUCCAUCCGGUUGCAAGGUUCCCACCCCCGAGGUGUAGCCCACCCCCGCGCCGCUGUUACUGCUCCCCGCUAGCCCAGGGCUGCUCUUAUAUAAGAUUGACCGAGAAUGCCUGACGAUAUCGAUCCUCGCAAUGCCGAGUCUUCGGACCCCAUGUCCGAUAUCGAAGACGACACGGAAAACGUGCAUCUUGACGACGACAAGAUGGAUACCACGACAGACAGUGUUGGCGAGGUCAAGAAAAAGUAUGAUCCCAAGGAUCCCUCAAGACCGAGAAGAAAAAAGGCAAGACGCGCUUGCUUUGCCUGCCAGAGAGCCCAUCUCACCUGCGGAGAUGAACGACCCUGCCAACGGUGCAUUAAGCGUGGCCUAGCAGAAGCCUGUCAAGACGGCGUGCGUAAAAAGGCAAAAUAUCUUCACGAUGCUCCGGCUGAAGCCCUACGACCUGUCUUGGGCCCGACGUUCAACCCCGCGCCUACUCGGCCGAAUGGCCAGAGACAAAACUCUACACAGUCAGAAGGCUCCGCAUCGACAUCAAGCAGAAGCUUCUUGCCACAGGGCCCGACUGGCCCAUAUCCGGUAUACACUGCUGGCGGACAAAUGCCAGUUGGCAUGUCGGAUAACAUGGCGUUUAACACGCGCGCAUCGCCUGUGUCGCAGCAGUUCCCGGUGAACCAAGCAACCUCGCAGGCACAGAUGAGCCCCAUGAUUGGCGGAAACCCCAUGGAUUUCAACGCCCUCUUUGACCCCAGCAACCCAGCGCUGUACAAUUUUGACCUGGAAGGACUCAACUUUGGCUCGCAAUAUGCAGGAUGGGAGUUUGGCAUUCUGAAUAAGAUGGCGUUGGGUGCCGACGGACCGUCAAGAGAAAACUCGAUAUCGCAGGCCACGGAUGGUGGCUUCCCGAAUAUCUUCAACAACGGAAAUGGAGCAUAUGACGGUAUGAUCGGUGAUCUCUCCGGCGUAGACGCAAACAUGUACCGCCAGGGCAACUUGCAACAUGGUCUGCCUCAUGCUUAUGCUAUUGCUGCGGCCCCGACAAGCCUGGCAAGCCCAAGCACUGAGUCUACGACCAGCCCGAAGCCAAUGCUGGGGCCAAACGGAUCUCCCAAGGCCACCACCAACAUGCCACCGGCAUCUCCCAUGGCGCGCAUGAAGGCCAAGCCUGACAAGAUUGCCCAAAUCCUGGGUAAAAGACAGCGUGAUUCAGCCGCCAUUUAUGCCAGCGUCAAAGAGCCAUAUCCUUACACAACAGGGUUCCACAACAUGAUUUCCGUUCUCAAGGAUCGUCUGCCGCUGAACAAGCUGAUUAAGAUUGCUCGCUACCUGGGCGAGAUUCGACCCUCGUUUAUUGCCUGCACAAAGGACUUGACAAGGGAGGAUCUCGUCUUUAUGGAAAAGUGCUUCCAGCGCACGCUGGUAGAGUUCAACGACUUUUUGCAACACUGCUGCGCGCCAACCAUUGUUUGCCGACGUUCAGGCGAAGUGGCUGCUGUGAAUAAAGAGUUUACAGCGCUCACCGGCUGGACCAAGGAAGUUUUGCUCGGCAAGGAGCCCAACCAAAACGUCUACUCACGUGCUGUGUCUGCAGAUACAGGCGACGACACCGACGGCACGAGGACGGGCACAUCCACGCCUCGAUCCAGAGGAGGCAAUGCCAACGGCGGUGAUCCGAACCAUCCCGUCUUCUUGGCGGAGCUUCUUGACGACGACAGCGUUGUCGACUUUUACCACGACUUUGCGCAGCUUGCGUUUGAAGACAGUCGUGGCAAGUCGCAGCGCAGCUGUCGUCUCAUGAAGUACCGCAGCCAGGACGACUCGUCGAGUAAAGAGCUGCCGAAUCAGCAGGCCCAGAGGGCUGGCAUUCUCAGCAACCGUGUCACUAAGAUUGACAGUGAGCACGGCAUUUCCAAGAUUGAGAAGAAUGGCAAGGUGGACUGCACGUAUUGCUGGACAAUCAAGCGUGACGUUUUCGAUAUCCCCAUGAUGAUUAUUAUAAAUUUCUUGCCCCGAUAUAACCCCAACCAAAACACAGAGCCGCAUCUCCUUGCCGUCUAGGAGUAGACACUUGCGGCUUCUCUUUCUUCUUUUUCGGUAUAUACAUGGACCGUCUUGUUUCUUUUCUGUUGUACAGGGCUGGAUUUUGCGCCAUCGGUGUGGCAAUUGGAGUUUGGAUUUGGUUGGACAAUGAUUUUGUUUUCCUUUUAUGUGUGCUGUUCUUUUAUGGGACAAAGAUAUGGGAAGAGGAUACGAUACCCUUUCGGUAGUGAAACAAGCAAUUGUAUUCAUGGACUUUUUCUAAACCCCUCCCGUUUUGGUGAAAACUUGCUCUAUGUAAAUGCGAUUUCCUCGGGCCCCGUGAAUGGGAUCUAAACCGAGACAGAAAAGACAGUGCGCCGCUCCAAAUGACAGAAAGAUUUCCAAAUAGCCUCGUUUUUACAGAGCCUUAGUGAGCCACUCUGCACCAGCAAGCUUGUCGUGCUUCCAGUUGUCACGGGCAAGACUCUUCUUGGAGACCUCGCAGUCAAAGUUGAUAUCCUCAAUCAGCGCCUCGAGGCUCUUGUAGUCCUUCUCCUCGCGGAUGAAGCCCAAGAUCAGCAGGCGCAUAUGGGAGUCGUAGAAGUCAGCACCAAACUUAUGCAGAACGUGCACUUCCGCACUGCGCACCGUGUUCUUGUAGAAGGGGUUGUAGCCAAUCGACAUAACCAUAGGGAAGACGAGGAAGCCGUCGGUCGAGCCAGCGCGGUCGGGGUGGUCGGCAGGCAGGGCGAUCGAGGCGUAGCCGAAGUACACGCCAGACGUAAUAUCGGAGAUCCAGGGUGUUACAUCAGCCUCGACGGGCAGGUUAGCAGUAGGGAUGCCGAGCUGGAGCCGAAGAUGUGUUGUUAGUUUGCGUGUGCAUGGGGCAUAGACAGAGCACAUACCUCCUUGGAACCGCGGCCAAAGCCGGAAAUAACCUUGCCCUCCAUCUGUCUGGGGAACGGGGUCUCAGGACCGGCAUCCUGGCCGACAAUCUCGGGUCUAGAGGACAUUGUUGAGGCGGUCUCGUGAGGGGUGGUGGGAUGAGUCAAAAAAUGUGUCCGGCGGCGCGGGGGCGAGGUGCAACGUUGCGGGAGCCGGAAGCGAGCUUCUAUGAUGGCGAUGUUGGGUUACGUAGUAAAUCCUGGGGGCGAUGGAGAGAGAAGAAGAAGAGAAGAUGGGCGCGGACUGUGUGUUUUGG